AUGAGUGGUGGUGAGCUGUGCUUUGUGAAUCAACCACCCGUUGCUUAGGUAGGUGAAGUUGAUGAUGACGAUGAUGAUGAUGAGGUUGCUGAUGUGAGGGGAAUGCUUGAGAAUGUUGGAGAAUUCAAUAAAGUCAAUCCAAAUGUCUUCCCAAAUAAUCCGACAAUUACACCACUCAUUUUAGCUGUGAGGCUAAAGUACCUUGACAUCGCAAAUGAACUAUUGAUGAAUGGAGCAGAUGUGAAUGUUGUUGAUGAAUUUGGACGGACUGCGUUGCUUGUUGCAAGUGCUAAGUAA